AUGAUAUUGGCGUCCUCUUGCCUUGCCAUCCCUCUGAAGAAGGGAAGGAGGCAUGAGGUGGAUUCCAAGAAGGCAGGAGACGUUGGUUUCGACUACAUGCAUCUUGUACAGGAAUGGCCUGGAUCGUUCUGCGAUACCAAGAAGGGAUGUACUUGGCCAAAGGUUGAGCCAACGACGGGAUGGCUUCUGCAUGGCCUGUGGCCGGAGUUCUUCAAUGGUUCAUGGCCGCAAUACUGCGACAAGGGUGGAAGGUCUUAUGAGACUGCGCCUACCCAGGAUGCCCCGUUCAAUAUGUCAGCCAUUCAAGACCUCCUUCCUGAGCUGGAGAAGUAUUGGCCGUCGCUUGUGGCUCCCGACCAAUCUUCCUUCUGGGAGCACGAAUGGCUUCGGCAUGGCACUUGCGCGGAGAAAAUCUUUACAGCCCCACAGAAGGAACAUGCCUACUUCAGGCUGGUCCUCGAUCUGCGAGAGAAGUUCGACGUCUUCAAGUUCCUCUCUGCUGCUGGGAUCAACCCUGGGGACACGACCACGUGGGCGGAAGCAAAGGAGGCUAUGAAGAAAGGAUACCCGUACGAGGUCGAGCUUGGCUGCAACACGGAUGCGCAAGGAUCGCUGCAGAUCUUUGAGGUUCGAUCCUGCUACACUGCGACUCCAGGAGGAGGAGUUUCUCUCUUCAACUGCCCCAAUGCUGCAUCAGCCACAUCCUGCGGUACUCCCAACACUCCUAUAACCUUUCCGCCGUUCCAUGGGCGAUAA